CAAUACGCAAAUUGACAUUCAGUUAUUAAAUUUUUUCUAAUCAAUAUUUUUUUAGUGUAAAAUAUUUAAAAUCAUAUUAAGGAUGUGGUACUACAAUUUAAUUUUAAUGUCAAUUUUCAUCAAUUUUUCUUAUCAAUUAAAUAAAAAUAAUAAUAAUAAUAAUUAUUAUCGGCUACCAAAUAACACAAAACCUUAUCGUUAUCAAAUACAAUUAAUACCGCACAUGACAUCAAAAGAAUUGUCAUUUGAGGGUGAAUCAAAAAUUUUUCUCGAAAUUUUUGAAUCCACAAAAAAUUUAACAUUAAAUUCAUUAAAACUUGUUUAUUAUGAGGAAAGUACAAAAUUAAUUGGUGAUGAAGUUUUUAAGCCAAAACAACAUAUUUUGAAAGAAGAUGGUGAAUUUUUGAUUCUCAAUUUUCACAAUUACAUUGAACCGGGUCUUUAUUUUCUUUAUUUGAAAUAUAAAGGCUUAUUAAAUACAAUGCCAAUGGGAUUUUUUAAGGAUUAUUAUUAUACUGAUGAUAAUCAACAAAUAUUAUUGGCGGCAACGCAAUUUGAAACGACAUUUGCUCGAUUGGCAUUUCCCUGUUGGGAUGAGCCGGCAUUAAAAGCAACUUUUGAUUUAUCAAUAAAACAUUUUCCAAAUUACACGGCCCUAUCAAAUAUGCCACUCAAGGAAAAAGUGGAUGAAACAAAAAUUGAUGGAAAAAUUUGGUCAAUAUUUGAAACAACACCUGAAAUUUCAACAUAUUUAAUGUCAUUUACAAUUUCAGAUUUUGAAAAAAUUUCCAACAGCGAAGGAAAUUUUUCUGUUUGGUCACAUAAAGAAACACUUAAGUAUUUAUCACAUUCUUAUGAAAUUGGAAUGAAGACAUUUCCAAUUUUAGAAAAAUAUACUGAAAUUGAAUAUAAUUUGCCAAAAAUGGACGUUAUUGGUGUACCGGGACUUCGAUUUGGAGCAAUGGAAAAUUGGGGAUUAAUUAUCGUAAUGGAACAUCACCUUCUAACUUAUAAUCAGUCGACUGAUCUGGAAAAAUUUACCACAUCCACAAUAAUGGUUCAUGAAAUUGCACAUCAGUGGUUUGGAAAUUUGGUAACGCCAGCUUGGUGGGAAGAUGUUUGGAUAACCGAGGGACUUGCUACCUAUAUGCACUAUUUUAUCCUCUCCAAGGUGAUGAAUUACCCGAGGAUUAUGGAUUAUUUUGUAGUGGAAAAUAAUUUUUUAAAAGUUUUCUCCACGGAAAAUCACCAGGCAACUGAAGCCAUCUAUCGAGAUAUUAAUAAUUCAAGGGAAACAAUAAUACAUUUGUCAACAGUUCACGAUAAAGCCGCGACAGUAAUGCACAUGAUAAGUGGUUUAGUGUCAGAAGAAGUCUUUCAUUUAGGAAUUAAGAAGAUGCUGCAAAAAUAUAAAUAUAAAACAAUAACAACCAACAAUUUUUGGAGUACAAUGCAAGAAGCAAUGGAUGAAUCCAAAAUGCCAUUCAAUAAUUUUGACAUAAAAUUGCAUCUAGAUGGAUAUAUAUCACAAGUUGGUUAUCCAAUAAUUAAUGUUACGAGAAAUUAUGAAAGUGGAAUAAUAAAAUUGACACAAACAUCCGACAGAAUAGAUUGUAAAUAUUUCGAUUGCAAUGUAGUGCACAAAAAAUGGUGGGUUCCAAUUAAUUUUGCAACAAUGUCCAAUCCAAAUUUCUCGUCAAGUGCUGCCACCUAUUGGAUGGAACCAAAGCAGAAAGAAUUAAUUAUUGACGGAGUGGAUCCACACGAUUGGUACAUUAUCAAUAAAGAAUGCGUUGGUUUCUAUCGAGUGAAUUAUGAUACAAAAAAUUGGAAUCGAAUAAUAAAAUACAUGAAUUCGCCGGACUUUAAAAAUAUUCACGUCUUAAAUCGAGCAAAACUUUUGGAUGAUGUCUAUUUUUUUGUUAUAAACAAUAAACUUGAAAAAAAGUUAAUGCUCGAUUUGACAGCCUAUUUAAUUCAGGAGGAUGACUAUAUUCCUUGGAAAAGAGCUGAAUCAAUAUUUUUCUAUAUUUUACGAUCUCGAUCAGGAAAAACUGCCGAAAAUAAGCAAUUUAUUUUACGUUUGGUUCAACCAAUGAUUGAUAAAAUUGGAGUGAAAGCAAAACUAAAUGAUGACUUCUUUACAAGUUUAAAACGUAAUCUUGGCCUGUCGUGGAUUUGCAGAGUUUCAAGACGUCAUUGCGAUGACAUUGAUAUGUAAAUCCUCUAUGUGUUCACGUAACAUAAGAAAUAAAUUUGACUAAAAAAAAUUUU